AUGCCCGUGCAGGCGACGAAGACCUACACUGACGCGGUGGACUACAUCGGAGCUGCGGCGGACGCCGCGACGAUCGAUCGCUCGGACCAGAUCUGCGACAGGGUCCUGGUCACAGAGGUGGAGGGGAUGAUCUUCAACUACCUGAAGAAGGAGGGGGGGGGCGCCAUCAAGCUGGCCGCCAGCAUCGUGGCGCAGGCGGCGAAGCUGGACAAGCUCAAGAUCAAGGGCUCGGAGGCGGCGACGGUGCACCCGCUCCUGCACGAGCGGAUCGAGAGCGCCCGC